AAUUUAUGAGCAACUCUUUAGAGACCAACAGAGACACAAACUCACAGACUCAGAGAGGUGGAGAUAAAUUGAGGUUGUGAUUUUCUGAAACUUCCUGUCACACACACAGUGGAGAGUUUGCAUCCAUCACGCUAAGUCUACGAUGCUGUAUCCACUGCCAUGUACCGGCAUUGUUUUGUUUUACAUUUUUCUUCUAAUACAGUGUUUCACAGUUUGCGUUGCAGAGCAGUCAGAGUUGAUUUGUUCAGAUCAACCAAUCGUAGCCCUGGCUGGUGAUGAUGUCAUUCUACCAUGUUACCUUGAUCCUCCAAUCAGUGCCAGUUCUGAGAUAGUGGAGUGGACCAGACCUGGUUUAGACCCAAAGUACAUCCAUUUUCACCAAGAUGGACGACUGAUGUUUGAAACUCAAAAUCCAUCUUAUUUUCUCCGAACGAGACUGUUUGUGGAUGAACUGCAGAAUGGAAACGUCUCCAUGAAAAUCUUCAAAGUGAAAGUCUCUGAUGCAGGAAAAUACUUUUGCUUCCUUGAAUCAAUGUUGAAGGAAGCUUCCAUCCAACUCACUGUUGGUGUCGUCUCCACUCCCAUCAUAGAGGUUGUCUCCAAUAACAGUAGAAGUGUAGUUUUACAGUGUGAGUCUAAAGGCUGGUAUCCAGAGCCUGAGGUGGUCUGGCUGGACGGUGAGGGAAACCUCCUCUCUGCUGGACCUACAGAGACAGUCAGAGGUCCUGAUGACCUCUAUACUGUCAGCAGCAGAGUGACUGUGGAGAAGAGACACAGCAACAACUUCACCUGUAGAGUCCAACAGAAGGACAUCAACCAGACCAGAGAGACACACAUCUAUGUUCCAGCUUAUUCAUUCACAGUUCAGUCGUCUCCUGAUUUGAUUCUGAUUAUCACCACUCCUGUUUGCAUUGUUGAUUUAUUCACAGUUCUGUGGUCUUUUUAUUAGAUUUUUUGGAUCAUCAUCAUUCCUGUUUGUAUUAAUGUGCUGCAAGUUCCUGUCAGAGCUCUUUAUUGACAUACAUACAGGCAUAACAACAGUAACUAAGCAAACAGUCUGAAAUGAUCUUCACUGCAGGAAAUUUGGGGAAAAUGGAGGAAAUAAAAGAAAAUGUGUUGCUUUCAAAAGCUUUCUCUCAUUUGGAAAUGUUCUGUUUAUGAAAGUCACUGUGAUGUUAAAAAAUAUUCCAGUUCAAUUAUCAUAUUUUUGUUCUGCUUGUGUCGUUUUCUCACUUUAACACUCAUUCAUUGAUUAGACAAAAACACAUGAACACAACAACUUCAACACUUUCCUGUUUCUGUUUGAACACAGACAGAAAGAGGAAGCAGAAGAAUGAAUAAAGGUCCCAAAGAGGCAAAUUAUACUAAUACAA